AUGUGCACAGCAUUCGAUGUCAUCUACGAUCGACCCGUGUGGGGCAGAAAUACUCUUGCUUCGAGCCUUGUGUUCCAUUCAAAGCCACAUAGACCUGGAUUCGAAGAUGCUGGCGUUCGCAUCGUACUGUACGAAACCGAUACCGUGAACGUCUGCACCAUGUCAAUGCACAUCUUGGAACCGUCCGGGAAAGGCAACUGUUGGUCUUCUUCCAGCCUGGUCACCGUGAAAGAUGCAGGUUCCCAGCUCACAAGUACCCUUUUGCGCCUGGAGCAUCAGCAUUUUGACAUCCUGGAUUUCCAAUUCGAGCAAUUGUGCCCAAUGAUAGUUGUCCAACUGGGACGCACUGCAUCGCCACACUAUCUGAAACUGCAGAAGAUUGAGUGUUGCAUUUGCAUUCGAAUCGUCAUACAUGUAUUAUUCUGGCCGUUUGUCCGAUAUAGUGAUGGUGUGCAGGGUCAAGCGCCUUCGCAGGUGCGCGAUGAGCCCGUUUUCUUUCAUGAAAGUGUGCCUUCAGCAGCUGGUGCGCCCGUCAAGACCGCGGCCAACGUCCAAGGAGGUUGUGGCGUAGAUACGUCCCAGAAAGGAGAUAUUCUGGAAGAAAGGCCGACGCGACUGGACCGCGAGCAUAGGGUCCACAACAUCGUCAUUUCUGCACCGCUAAGUUCUGCCACAACCGAAAGGGCGAGAGAAUUUCCAGUUGUGAGACGUGAGCCUGACGAGUCCAAUUCGCUUCUUUCUCUAGUGCUGGUGUCGUGGUUGACGCUUAAAGGCACUUGCCUCGGAGCUAUCGAAACCCUAUCAAGAGUUUAG